AUGGCCCCUAAGCGUGCGUAUGGCGUCGAUUGGGAGCCUUACCGGGAGGAAAUCAUCUCUCGUUACGUGAAACAAAAUCAAACUGCUGAAGCUACUGUCAAGUAUCUGGAGGAACGACAUGGGCUUCGCGUUACGUUGCGUCAAUUCAAGUACCAGUUUGAUGGCUACAAGAAGCUGUCGGCUGACGACUGGAAGGGAACAGUUCUUCCUGCCGUAAUGAAGCGGCGUCUGGAAGGGAAGGAAAGCGACGUCUAUUUUCGUGGAGAGAAACUCUCUCCGAAGCGCGUUCGGAGGGAACAGGAUCGAUAUCGAGCUGUCCUGCCCGACAACCCUUCAGAGAUUGAUACAUCCGAAGAUUUUGGCGAGUCUGACAACUCUACUAUCGACUUCGAUGUGACCCUCAACAUUAAUGGAUCUCAAAACUGCACUACAGUAUCAGUCCCCGAUAUAAUCAGAAUCGAGUUGCUGCGUGAUCUGCCAUACUUUCAACUGCAAUCUGCGGUUAUGACUGGCAGUGCGAUGGGAUUUUGGCAGAUCUAUAGGAGUGAUGGGGCGACGAUCGUUUCCGAGAAACUACAAGAGUUGAUUCCUGCUCGGUCCUCACCGGACAACGGAACUCCCGCCCAGAUAUUCCUGGACAAUUCACAGAAACCCGAAAUCGUCCAAGUUUUUGAGCUUGCCGCUUUCAUGGCCUCCAAUAACAGCACGGAUUUCAGUGUCUUCACCUUCCUCAGGUGGGUGAACGACAAUCGUCAAGAAACCGCACUUAUGCGAUUUCUUAAGCUUAACACGUCCACCACGAGGGCAUUCGCACGGAAACUCGUGAAAGCGGGUGCUCGUCUGAGCCGAAAGACAUUCCUGAAGGAGCUUUCAGCUAUUGGAAUACCGUUUAACCAUGCUGCAGAGGAGCUACUGGCGAUCAACGACACCGAAUUCCGCUCUUUCGUCCUAUCCAAAUUAAGGCCCGAGUCGAUAUCAGGAAGACCGGGAGGACGUUUGCUUCUUCGAGUGGUCGAAAGUAACGACGUACUUAACGCGAAAACAAUCAUCUGUGCCUGCGCGGAAAUCAACUAUUCCAAUGGCUUUGACACCCCACUUAUCACCGCUGUUGAGUCUGGCAAUCUAGAGAUGGUCAAAGUAUUGAUCAAAAGCGGUGCCGACCCCAACUUCAGGCCUAACAGCGAAAAAUCUCCUCUCGGUCAAGCUAUUCAAUUAUUGCAUGCACCACUUGUAAGGUACCUCUUGGAUCAUGGGGCCAUUGUUAGCGCUGCGGUUUCCAGCGACAUCGCCUCCAUUGCUAGGAGACCCACACCUGAGAUAAUCAGCAUGCUAGAAGGCGCUAGGGCUCCAGGGGAAACGACCUUUUAUGAUAUUCUGUCUGCUGCUUCUGACUCCAAUAUUUUCUCAGUCUUUCUCUCAACGCACAAUGUGUCUGAAGAGAUGGCUCUGUUAGCCUUGCGCUUGGCGAUAACCCGAAAUAUGUCAGGAGAAGUUCUCUGUUUGAUACAACACGGACCACUACGGGGAUGUGAUGAAGCACUAAGACAAGUGAUCGAACACGGGCUACAACAUUUACCCAAUGAGAAAGUGAAACUGUUUGUGAAGCUCUUGAUUCAAGAAGGAGCGCACCCUGAUGUCUUCGAACUCCUGCAAGAGAUGCUUGACAAUUACAAAUGGGACGAUGGACUUGCUAACAUUUUAAUUGAUACUGGUUUCGACCUUCAGCUAAACGGACCACGUUUGGUUGAAUGUGCCCUGGCUUGUGGUUGCCACGACGCGGCAUCCCUCUUGAUUGACCGCGGUACUUGCAUCAAUAGUUACGGCGAUCACUUGACCCCAUUUCAAGCGGUCGCUUUGAAGGGAAAGCCGGUGCUGCUGGGAUAUCUCGCGGCCCAGGGUGCCAAGAUCAACCAGAAAGCCUAUCCUAACAAAGGAUUCACCGCUUUACAGGCUGCGUCGUUAGGCAAGUCUGUAGAGAAGGUCAAAUUCUUAGUAGGUCUCGGCGCGGAUUUGCAUGCCCCGCCCGCUAAGACGGGAGGCACUACGGCCUUGGAAGCCGCAGUUCAUCCGGCACGAUCCGUUUUCGAACACAUAGAUGAAGAUGAGGACAAGUUCUACUACAAAAGCGACCAUGCGGCGGUCGAGAUUUUUCGAUUCCUUCUCAAAAAGGGAGCAUCCGUUAACCGUCCGGGUUCAUCCGACGGCCCUCUCCUACACGACAUCAUAGAACGUCGUCUCACCAGCCUGCUAAAGGAAGCACUCGAUGCGGGGGCACGCCCCGACCAAUGGUGGAGCACUGGCUAUUACUCCAGGAAAAAUAGGACGCCAAUUCAGCUGGCGGCAGAACGCGGUGACUUGGAAGCGGUUAAAUUGCUCAUCGGCGCCGGCGGAGAUAUCAAUUCCCCUGCACAUCCCGACUAUGGAAGGACUGCACUACAAGCCGCGGCAGCUUCACAGAAGGUGGCCAUGGAAAUGAUUCGGUUCCUCCUAAGCCAAGGAGCAGAUGUCCAUGCUCCUCCCGCAAGAAGAGGGGGCGUCACUGCACUUCAAGGGGCAGCGAUCCAAGGACACGUCAACAUUGCCCUAAUGUUUAUAAGCGAAUUGGGUGCAGAUGUAAAUCAACCUCCAGCCCUCUUUGAGGGGCGAACUGCCAUAGAAGGAGCGGCGGAGCACGGACGACUCGACAUGGUGCAGGUUUUGCUCAAUGCCGGAGCCGUCGGGGAUGUAUUAGACAAUACGGGUUUUAAGAAAGCUAUAGAUCUGGCUCGGGGGUGUGGUCAUGUUGAAGUCGCUGAGUUGCUGGAAGCUCACUGGAGAGGUGAACAGUCUGGAUACUUGAACCUUGGAUUAUAG